AUGCUCGGCAUCAUGGAGCACCUGGAUGCUCUCGGUGAUCGCCUCGAGAGAGCUCUAGAGACACCCGUGGAGCUGACGAUGCACAGCCGUGAGAUGGGGCGUCUGGUCAGGGAGGUCAUGAUCAUUGCGCUUGGCGAAGCCGAUAUCGAGACUAAAACCCCAGGUACGCUUUCGGUCGGCGAUUGGGAUAUGCGGUGCUGGAUUGUCGGUGGUGAGCCAACAGAGUACUGGCUUGACGACCGAAUUUCUGAGUUUGUACUGAAAAUUUUAACGGAUGAUCCUGUAUGGACAAAAACUACCAGCUUAAGCUUUUCUCCACUGUCUCCUGAAGACCAGAAAAAAAUAUCUGGCCUCGAUUAUCCACACGAUUUUUCCUACGAUUAUGUGUCAGACAUCCUCACACAAGUCGUGUUCAAUGGUAGCCCUGGAAAAGCGGACUUUUUAUGGCGUGCCCACGGACCGAUCGUGAAUCCUGAAAUUAAAGUUGGUGACAACCUCUACAAAGUAUAUGUGACCAUCCCCGACAGAGCGUAUCUCGAAAUCGAUUCACGCGAAAAAACAAUCAUCCUGGUAGACGCUGAUGUUCGUAAAAACUUUUAUGCUUACCGGGAAAAGGGUGCGCCUGGAUCCGGAACUUACAUUUUUGAAAAACUCCCCACCGGGAAAACGUCCGUGACAUGGAACCGGAAAUUUGGCUUUGACCUGGUGGUUUAUGAGACUAGAUCGACACCACCAUACGAAGAGUAA